UCUCAGCAGCGGUGAACCGAGAAAUGGAGCCUGAAGUACGUUUGGAAAUUGUUGGUUUGAUGAAAAAGCAUCAUUUUCACGUCGCUAAAAGCAUCGCAGAGGGGCUCAGACAUAAAUUCCCGACCUCGUUUGUGGAGCCCACAGUUCGGCCGCUGCUCGAGUUCGACUGGCAUGUUUAUCUGACCAAUAAACAGACGGAGCUCAAGGGGGAGGUGUGGCAAUACAGCGGGAGCCUUAUGUGUUUUGUGAAUGGUCAGUUGCUCGGGGAUGAGAAGGAGCUGUCCAGGUGGGCAGAGAAGCAGUGGGGGUUCACUUUCUACCGCCCGCACGCGCUUUACGCCGCCAUCACUGACGAAUGCUACCGGCAGCACCUGCGCAGCACCGGGCAUGUAUUUGUGUAUAUGGACAUUGAGAUCGGGGGGGAGGCAGCUGGCCGAUUGCUGUUUGAGCUCUUUUCAGAUCUGUGUCCCAAGACGUGUAAAAACUUUCAAGCUCUUUGCACUGGAGAGGCAGGUGUGUCUGAGAACCAGCUCACGCUUUGUUACAAGGGCUCCUUGUUCCACAGAGUGGUGCCUAACGGCUGGGUGCAGGGAGGAGAUAUUACUCCAGCAGGGAAAGGCGAUGGUGGAGAAUCCAUUUAUGGUCCUACAUUUGAAGAUGAGAGUUUUGCUGUGUCUCACAGCAAGCGAGGUAUCCUGGGAAUGGCCAAUCGAGGUCGGCAUAGUAACGGUUCCCAGUUCUACAUCACUCUACAGCCAGCCCUGUGGAUGGACAGAAAUUAUGUGGCAUUUGGGCAAGUGGUCGAAGGCACAGAGGUCCUCAGGAAACUAGAAGAAGUGCCCACUUACAACGAAAGGCCCAAACUGGACUGCAGGAUAGUUGAAUGUGGGUGGUUUGAUCCUUAAUUGGUUAUCAUGCUAGAGCACAGGUUCCCAGCCCUGGUCCUGGAGAACCUCCGGCCCUGCACGUUUCAGGGUUUUUCCUGCUCCCAGCACAUCCACUUCAGGUCAUGAAGGGCUUCCUAAUGAGCUGAUUAGUUGGAUCAGGUAUGUCGGGAACAGCGGAAACACUAAAAUGUGCAGCACAGCGGAGACUCCAGGGCCAGGAUUGGGAACCACUGUGCUAGAGGAUAACAACAGUGAGUGACUUUAUAUGGUCUAAACAUCUGCUGUUGUAUUUAAUUGGACAGAUUUUUUUUUUUACUUUAGAAGUUGCACAUUGAAAAAUAUAUUCCCUUUAGCUAUUAUAAAGCAUAUUUUUUAAAGACUUUUAAUUUUUUAAUUUGUAUUUGCUUUGUUAACUGAUGUUUAAGUGACCUGCGUUAAACAUUUGUGCUAAAUUUGCUUUUACUGUGCCAUUCUUUAACUGUUGAUGUGUAAGCUCAACCAACACUGAUUAUUCCAACAGCUUCCUGCAGAUGGCAGUAUAAUGGUGUGGUUGUCAGAG